UUGACGUCAGUACGUAUAGUGCGUCAGUCUGAAUGCGGGAAAUCAACUUUUUGUAAACAGACGUAGAUCAGGGUUGCUUGUUUGCAGGUUUUUACUUCAUUUUUUGGAGGAAUAUCAAAUUGGACUCACGCCAGAAUCGUCAUAUUCAGGGGGGGUCACUGGUGUCACACUUUGAGCCCUCCACUGGGCUGGUCCAGCCUUCGCUCCAAGAUCCCAUGGAACCCGAGGAGGCUGCGGUGGGGGUGGAGGUGGUGAACUCCAUCCGCGAGCGGACGAUAGCGGAGAACAGCAUGGUGGUCCUGCUGCAGGGUCUGCAGGGGGAGGUGACCACGGUGGACCUGAGGGACGAGAGUUCUGCUCGGGGGCUCGUGCUCAACGUGGACGCCUUCAUGAACAUCCGCCUGAAGGACGUGCUCUUCCGGAACCGGCGGGGCCAGAGCACCCAGCUGCAGGACCUGUUCAUCACCGGCAGGAACGUGCGCUACGUGCACAUCCCGGACCACGUGGACAUCAUGAAGACCAUAGAGACCCAGCUGGCCAAGAUCCACCGCGUACGCAACUUUGCCGGCGAAGGCGGGGGCAGGAAAGAGUUCAGCGGGAGGAAAAAAUGACGAUUUGAGGGAAAAUUCUGUAGGUUCAGACCCCACCUGAGGAAUGACCUUUCCAACUGUCUUCACAAACUGAUUUCACAAUAAUAUUGUCUUAACGAUGGAUAAAUAACCGAAAUAUGCAGUUUUU